UGCUUAAAUAAGUUCUAGAACCCUGCCAGAACAGGCAAAGAAGACUAUAGAACGUCCUGUUUGGGUUAAAGUGCAUAGUUUUGUCAUUAGUUUAAGUGAGGUUAUGGCUUCAAAAAGAACAAAAUUAAUGAUUGAUAUGUGCAAAGAAAAUGGAUUUGAUAAUCUUUGUGCCGUUGAGGAUGGUAAGUUCAGCUCAAAUAUUAAAUUAUGCUUUUAUGUUUAAUACGCAAUUAUUGUUCUUUCACUAAUAAUACUGUACCGUUUCUGGGAUUUGGGACUUGUACUUCUUUACCCGCGCACAGAUCUAAAAUUUAAAAUUGCUUUAAAUUAAUACUAUUAUUUCAGUAUAUUGUUGUCGAUUAUAAAAGAUGUUAAAUUAUUUUAAAUUUUUUACUAGGUUUAGUCUGUAUUUUUUUAGCUACAUACCUACUAUUUUUUUAUCCAUAUACUAAAAGUCAAAUACAGCGUGCCAAGUCACUAAAAUUUAAGGUACUGUAUUUUAUAUCGAAUUAAUUUCUGUUAUUAAUAUUUUUAUAGGUAAGCAGACUUGGCAAGAGAUUUGUUGUACAAGCACCAAUGUCAUAGACCAGAUACCAUCUACUUCACAGGAUGUUUUAACAGAGAUGUCAGAGCAAUCUAAUAAGAAGGAAUUCGUUACUUUGCAUAAUGUUCCUUUAUCUACAACACCGUAUUUUGAGGAUGAUGUGUCAUCUAUACACGGUAAAUAUGAUUAAAUUUGCUUUCAAUUUAUAGAUAUUCUUUGGUGUCAAAUAGAAUUUGAAAUUAUUUCAGGAAUUUGAGACGAGUUAGGUAAAUGUUUGAUACAGCAUUUUGAACUGUGGAAACUAUUUUACGUAUCAAAAAAUAAAAUGUUACUUCCCCAUUCUACUUUUUUGAAUGAUGUUUUGUUCAAGCCGAGGUUCUGCCAUCACCAGGUAACGAACAAUUAGGUGAUGAUCCUGGCGAUUGUGACGACAGCGAUAAGGAUAAAGACUACGCCCCAGAGUCAGAAAGUUCAGAUUCUGAUAUGGUUAAUCUACAGCAACUUGCAGAUAAAAUAAAAAAGAAAAACAACAAUUCGGCGGGUCAAGUGGAAAAUGUUAUUAAAGAAAAUAGGCGAGGUCGGAAAACAGUAAAGGAAGAAACCAGGGAGAAAAGAAAGUUAAGAAAAACAAACAGAAAUUUGGGUAGGGAAUAUACUACCAGCAAGGGGAAACUUAUCAGAAAAAGAGAGAGAACACCUUUAUGCUCUUGUAGGAAUGGAUGUUGUAGUAAAGUAGAUGAUGUUCAGUUGGACAUGCUUUUUGAUUAUUUCUGGUCAAUUGGCGACUUUGACGAGAGGGUUGCCUAUACCGCAAGUCUUAUUACGAAACAAAGAAAGAAAACAGCAAUAACGUCAGAAAGGAAGAAAAAGCGAGACUGUGUUAACGUUUUUCAUUUGAAAGUUAAUGGCGAGUUGAUUCAAGUUUGUAAAGGGUGCUUUGAAAAAACCUUCGAUAUUUCUAAUAAAUUUAUAACGACUGUAUUAUUAAAAAUGAACUCAACAGGAAUAUGUGAAAAAGAUAAAAGAGGUCGUAAAGAGCCUCCAAACAAAAUAAGUGAAAACAGUUUGCAGCUAGUAAAAGAUCACAUAGCUUUCAUUCCAACCUACGAAAGCCAUUAUUGUAGGAGGAAUUCCGAAAAACGAUUUUUACCUUCAUUUUACACGUUGAUACGUCUUUAUGAAGAAUAUAAAAUUUGGGUCCCGCCAAAUAAUAAGCCCGUAAGUCGUAAGAUUUAUGAACAUGUUUUUCACGAAAUGGGCAUUAAAAUAAAAAAGUUCCAGAAAGACACAUGCGCUACGUGUGAAAAAUUGAACAUUUUGAUUCGCAAUGAGAAAAACAGUGAAACCUUGAGUAGGUUAAAAACUGAACUGCAGUCACAUCUAGAUGAAGCUCAGGCGGCUUUUGAUUCGAAAAGACAAGACAAAGACCUUGCAAAACAGGAUGAGACUAAACUUGUAUACGUGUUUGAUCUUCAACAGUGCCUACCAACCCCAGAUCUAACUGCCUCUGUUGCCUUUUAUAAAAGAAAACUGUGGACCUACAACCUGACCAUGCACGAAUGUAAAAAAAAACAAGCGAUCUGUUGCAUGUGGUACGAGACCAUUUCUGGACGGGGUGCAAAUCAGGUAGCGUCUUGCGUAUUUCGAGAACUUUUAUCUUUGCCUCCUGAAAUAAAGCAUGUUACACUUUAUUCUGACACUUGCGGAGGUCAGAAUAAAAAUUCCCAUGUUGUAGCAAUGUUUCUAGUUCUUAUGCAGCUGACUCAUCUGGAAAGUGUGGAUCAUAAAUUUUUGGUUCCCGGUCACACUCAUAUGGAGUGUGACUCCGAUCAUUCUGUCAUUGAGAGAAAGAAAAAGAAGUAUGAAUAUCCAAUAAAUCAUCCGCGUGAUUGGUUUCAACUAGUGCGGUUAUGUGGACAGGCAAAUAAUAAGUUCCAAGUUAUUGAGAUGAACAGGGAACAUUUCUAUAGUUUCUCAGACCUGCUCAAGAAAGUAUUUCAAGUAAAGAAAAAGGAUGAGGAAGGAAACCAUUUUGUUUGGAAAAAUGUGAAAUGGCUAAGAUUUGAAAAAAAGAAAUGGACAUUUUAUUAUAAAACUUCUUUGAGUUACAUAGCUCCCUUUCAUGAAAUGGACUUUUCAAGACGUGGACAAACUAAGGAGAUACCAGUCUCAGCAAUCCCUAAGUGUCAAUUUCCAAACCCCAUUACAGAGGAGAAAAAGAAAAACCUUAUAGAUCUAUUGCCCUAUAUAGACAACGUGUUCCACGAAUUCUACAAAGGCCUUCCCACCCAGAAGGAUCUUCAUGAAAUUUUGCCUGAUAUAGAAGAAAUUGACGAAGAUAAUAUAGAGUAAAGAGAAACAUCUUAUGUUUUUUUGUGUAAAGAGGUAUAAUUAGUUUUUUUUUUCUGCGAAAUGGAUAUUUUUUUCUUUGUAAUAUUAUCCGAACAUUAACCCUAUUAAAAUAAAUAGCUCUGGAAAAAAAAUCAUUUUUGUAUUAUUUAUUUUAAGGAAGUUAUCCCAAAAAUUGAACCGGACAAUACUUACCAAGCUAAUUUUCUCAAAACUAAUACUUUUGACAUUAUACCCCUUUACCCGCGCACGAGCGAUAUAAGCUUAGGUUUUACUAAAAAAAAACUUUAACAUUUUUAUAGAAGAUCCUUUAUUUCAGGAACAUCAAAAACUUCUCGAUUUCCUCUGCGUAUCGGUUUAUCUAUGGACUUUAGUAUCUCGUCAUUACGAUAAUAGAUUUCAUCUUUACGACUUGGCCAUUUCCACUGCUUUCCAUAUGAUUCCAUUACAUUUAUGAUGGCCCCAUUUUUAAGAACCUUUGUAAUUUGCCCAGGGUAGUAUUUGCCAUCAAAAAUAACCAACACGUAAUUCCCGACCAUUUUAUUAAUUUCAGAACAGGCAGUUUCUUUGCCCGUUUCUUCCUCUGCCUUAGAAUCCUCUGAGAGUUCAGAUCAAUGGCAAAUUAUCGGAGUCUGAACUAUCAGAAGCUAUUUCUGGAAUAUUAAUACUAUUGGGAGCUUUGGAGGUGGAGGGUUGAGGCUGAGAAUAGUUAAUAGGUACGGGAGAGACCGAGUUUUGUAUGUCGGAGACUGUUAUACCUUUCCCAGGAGGUACUUGGGAGUUUCUUCUUUCUUCCAAUCCGUGAUGUCGUUGCUUGUUCACGCUUUUCAUUGAGAUGAUCAAGAAAACUUUGUCCCACAACCGUUUUAAUUAAAGGAUCGUCUGCAGCGCCGUAGCAACAACAUAAUGGGCCUGGGUUCGAGACUAUAUCCGUGGGCCCCUAAAGAGAUACUAACCUUCGUCUCUCCCUAAAUCGACGGCUUAAGGAAAGAAAAAAUUAA